AUGCCUUCCAGCUUCACGGUAAAAAACAACGGUAAAAACGACGUCUUCGUCUUCCUGGAAAAACCCUCACUUGCGGUGACGGUACCCCCUGGCCAAACUUCCCUGCCAUUCAGUUCCCCCGGGACGUACAUCAUCCGGUCGGAACUUGAGAAUUUGCCACUCCCCCCACCUGAGAUUGUUGUCGCAUUCGCUCCAGGAGAGACAUUCGAAACCAAGUCAAUCAACCGACCUAAUUUGAACGUCGACAUUACUGCAAAGUUCGAUUUCGGGGGAGGUGAUCUUAUUUCGUCGUUGAUCUCAGUCUAA